AUGGGGGGGGCACAGUCGUUGGCAAUGCCCCCGGGGAAGGGACCUCACCAGGUGGGCUGCACGGAUGUCAUGGUGGGGCACACGCAGCAGGGACUCUUCUUCCGCCUCUUCUACCCCUGUGUGCCGCGGGCCGGUGCCGAGCGGCCGCUCUGGAUCCCGCGCCGAGAGUACUUCUCUGGGCUGGCCGAUGCCACCCAGCGCAGCCGGCGCUGGUUCGCCCCCCUGGUCAGCCUGGCCCUCGGCUCCUGCCGUGUGCCAGUGAGCUGGAAUGGGCCCUUCAAGCCCUGCAGCAGGGCAUACCCACUGAUCAUCUUCUCCCAUGGCCUGGGAGCCUUCCGGACCCUGUACUCCUCGGUCUGCUCGGAGCUGGCAUCCUGGGGCUUUGUGGUGGCAUCGCUGGAGCACAGGGACCAUUCUGCCUCCACAACCUACUUCUGCAGAGCAGAGCCUGGCAGAGAGGAGUGGAUCCCUUUCCAGCAGGUGCCCCAGGGGCAGAAGGAGUUCUACUUCCGAAAAAAGCAGAUCCACCAGCGAGCAGAGGAAUGUGUGCGAGUGCUGCAGCUCCUCCGGGGCAUCAGCCACGGUGAAUCCGUCCCCAACGUCCUGCACCAGGACUUCGACCUCUCUGUGCUGAAGGACAGCAUCGAUGCGACCAAGGUGGCUGCCGUAGGCCAUUCCUUCGGCGGGGUGACAGCAGUGCUGGCCUUGGUGAAAGAGCCCAGCUUCAGGUGUGCGGUGGCUCUCGACGCCUGGAUGUUCCCCCUGGAGAAUGCUCUGUACCCGGAGGUGCCCAAGCCUGUGCUCUUCAUCAACACUGAGACGUUCCAGACGCCAGACAGCAUUGCCAGGAUGAAGAGGCUGAGCUCCAGAAACAGCCAGACGAAAAUUAUCACCAUCCUAGGCACUGUGCACCAGAGCCACACCGACUUCAGCUUCCUCACUGGGAAGCUCAUCAGCCUCAUCUUCAAAGCAAGAGGGACUCUGGACCCCUACAAGUGUCUGGACAUCACCAGCCAGGCAGCUCUGGCCUUCCUGCAGAGGCAUCUCGACCUGGAAGAGGACUUCAGUCAGUGGGAAAAGCUCCUGGAAGGCAUUGGAGACUCGCUGGUUCCAGGGGCACCUUUCACCCACUCCCACCUGUAG